AUGGUGGAUCAAGUGCUGCUGUCACAUUGGGCAAAUAGGAUCGAAGCUCGAGGAAACCCGCAAAAUGAGGACAUGAAUGUGUUUUUGCUUGCAAUGGAGGAAAUUAUUGAUGAUGUGCCCCCUAGUUACCGACAGAUGGUAGAUUUAUCAGAGUUUCAGAUCGGAUUUCUUAUUGACCAGCUGGAGGGGGAAUGGAAGACUUUUGCGCAAUGGUUAUGGCAGGACUGGGAAGACGACUCUCUACGUGAAUUCUGCGCAAGAAUGCGGAACGAGCAUCAGGAUCUACUCGGGGACGUUAUGGAUGAGGAGGAACAGGCAGAGAUUGCUGCAAAUCUCGCGGAUGAGGUCAUAGAUAUUAGCUCUGAUGAGGAAUCAGAUGAGGAAUCUCAGGAAGUCCAAGAUGAUGACGAAGGACCCCCGGUAGCAUCCGACAGUGACAGGGACCACAAGGAGUCAUGGAUGGUGAAUACACGAAGGCUACGGGACGCAGCUCAUGACGUAAGUGGAAGAGGAAGAGAAGGAAAUAAUCUCGAAGAUCAGGAUGAUCGCAGGAAUCACUCAGGAGGGAACAGAAGAUACGUCGGGGAAUCGAGCUCCAGUGAGGACCGAUUUGAGCGAAUGGAGCGAUUUUUAGAAAAUAUGCUAACAUACGUGAGUCGAGAGGAGCCUACGCGGCACACGACCACAGCUUUGGAGCGAUACCGACAUUUGAGACCCCCUGUGUUCAAAGGAAGGACAGGCGAUGAUCCUAGCUCAGCCGAGUAUUGGCUGGAGCAGACCGAGAAACUACUUCAACAUCUCCAAUGCAGUGAAGAGGAGAAGGUGAGGUGUGCAACCUACACACUGGAAGAAGAAGCAGGUCGGUGGUGGCAGUCUACCGAACGAUCAUUAAUAAGGUCUCAACAGGAGCGUGAAGCUGAGAAUGAGGAUGUACCAACCUAUACUUGGGCGGGAUUCAAGGAGGAGUUUAACGCCAAGUAUUUUUCCAAGAGUUGGAAGGAAGAAAGUAUUUGGGAGUUUAUGAGGCUCAAGCAGACAGGAGAGAUGUCUGUGAGUCAGUACGAUAAUCGGUUCAUUCAACUGAUUAAGUACGUACCCAUGUACGAGACUGACGAGAGUCAGAAGGCACAAAAGUUUGUUUCAGGACUACAAGAACAUCUCCAGCAAGUUUUAAGUGGAUGGGACGUUGAAACUUACAAAGAAGCAUUGCACCGAGCUUUGACCAUUGAGAGAAAUCUGACACGAGCCAAGAUCAUCAAGACAGAGGAAGGAAGUAAGAGCGGUAAACUAGGCAGCCCGACGACUCAACCAAGGGAUGACGGGAAGUGUCCUCGAUGUAAGAGAAAACACCCUGGGAAGAGAUGUGUCUUGCGGUGCUAUGGAUGCGGCGAAGAAGGUCACAUUGGGAGAAAUUGCCCAAAGAUCAAAGCAAUGCCCCAGGUUGGGAAUCAGGGAAAAGUGGUGUGUUACAAUUGUGGACAACCAGGGCAUAUCUCGCGCGAUUGCUCAAAAAGACAGAAGAUGGAACCACCGAGUGGAAGUGCACAAAAUGUUCGUCCAGGCCGAGUGUACAAUCUGACUUGUGAGGACGCUGAGGCCGAUCCUGCAGUUAUUGAAGGUACACUGUUCUUUUCGAAUAUUCCAGCUCAUGCUUUAAUUGAUCCAGGUGCUACGCAUUCAUUUGUGUCGCAUGCAUCAUUAGAAGGUUUAAAAUUAGAACCUAAGGAAUUGGGUUAUCAAAUGGUAAUAGCCACUCCUAUGGGUUCAACUCUCAGAACUGCAGUAGGGUGCCGCGAGUGUAUUUUUAGUAUGGGAUCGGAAAGUUUUAAGAUUGAUUUAGUGGUAUUAGACAUUCAAGAUUUCGACAUAAUUAUCGGUAUGGAUUUCCUAUCGCUACAUGAGGCUAAAAUAGAUUGUAAGAGUAAGACCGUGAGCUUACCCAAGCUUAACAAAGAAUGGGUGGUGUUCCAGGGUCAAAGUAGGAAGACUAAGAGAGAAAAUGGCGUGAUUCUGCACACAUUGCAAUCAGCCAAACCCGAAUCAGGAAAGAAAAGUCUCAAGUUGGAAUCAGUGGGAGUCGUGAAUGAGUAUCCUGAGGUAUUUCCUGAGGAAUUACCAGGAUUACCUCCCCAAAGAGAAAUUGAAUUUUCGAUAGAUCUUAUACCAGGUACACAGCCAAUAUCCAUACCUCCGUACAAGAUGGCCCCAGCUGAGAUGAGGGAAUUGAAGGAGCAAUUACAGGACUUGACCGACAAAGGAUUUAUCAGACCAAGUGUGUCACCCUGGGGAGCUCCGAUAUUGUUCGUGAAAAAGAAAGAUGGUACCCUACGUAUGUGUACUGACUACCGACAGUUGAACAAGGUAACUAUAAAGAAUAAGUACCCUUUGCCUAGGAUUGAAGAGUUGUUUGACCAACUCCAAGGAGCUAGAGUAUUUUCUAAGAUAGAUCUUCGGUCUGGGUACUAUCAAAUGAAGAUCAAACAGGAAGAUGUGCCCAAGACUGCGUUUCGGUCACGGUAUGGUCACUACGAAUAUCUAGUGAUGCCGUUUGGAUUGACCAAUGCACCUGCUGCAUUUAUGGAUUUAAUGAACCGAACGUUUAAACCAUACCUGGACAAAUUUGUAAUAGUGUUCAUAGAUGACAUUCUGAUAUACUCUGCAAGUGAGAGUAAUCAUGAAAAACAUUUAAGGAUAGUCUUGCAGACUUUAAAGGACCACAAAUUGUACGCCAAGUUCUCGAAAUGUGAAUUUUGGCUUACUCAGGUAGCAUUUCUUGGACAUAUAAUUUCUGCAGAAGGUAUAGCUGUCGAUCCAGCAAAGAUAGAAGCAGUUCAAAAAUGGCAAGCACCUAAGACCGUUGGGGAGAUCCGAAGUUUUCUUGGACUAGCUGGAUACUAUAGAAGGUUUGUAGAAGGGUUUUCAAAGAUAUCGGCUCCACUUACUCGAUUGACGCAGAAAGAAGUUAAAUUUGAAUGGGAUGCUAAAUGUGAGCAAAGUUUCCAAGAACUUAAGGCACGAUUAACCACGGCACCGAUUCUAGCAAUGCCAACGGAGGCAGGAAGACAUGAGCAGAACUACCCAACUCACGACUUGGAAUUAGCAGCUAUAAUUUAUGCUUUGAAGUUAUGGAGACAUUAUCUCUACGGGGUACAAUUUGAGAUUUUUACGGACCAUAAAAGAAAGGCGAACAUAGUUGCAGACGCUCUUAGCCGAAGAAGUUCCGAAAUUGUGGCUAACAUGAUGAUCGAGGAAUUUAGCCACCUAACAGUAGGUGUUAAGCCUAAACCAAUCAAGGGAUAUAUGGCAAAUCUGACAAUUCAACCUGAUGUGGUGAAUCAAAUCAAAUCAGCUCUGCAGUCAGACACAAGAAGAAGUCAGUGGAUAGAUGAGAACGAUCAAGUUAAAGCACCUGAAUUCAGUUACCAUGGUGGUAUACUUCGAUUUCAAGGAAGAACAUACGUGCCAAGGGAUCAGGGUCUAAGACAAGUUAUCUUGGGAGAAGCUCAUCGGGCAAGAUACACAGUACAUCCCGGAUCAACAAAAAUGUAUAAGGAUCUUAGGGAAAUUUACUGGUGGCCAGGAAUGAAGAAGGACGUGGCACGAACACCACUCUGCUGGGUAGAAACUGGAGAAGUAGGAUUAGUGGGACCCGAGAUUGUUCAGACUACUACUGAGAAGAUUAAGCAAAUACAAGAGAAAAUGAGGAUAAGUCAAAGUCGACAGAAAUCGUAUGCUGAUCAACGAAGACGAAACUUGGAAUUUUUGGUCGGUGACAAGGCAUACUUAAAAGUCUCUCCAUUUAAAUCCGUGAUUCGAGGAAAAAGGAAAGGGAAAUUAAGCCCAAGAUUCAUAGGACCCUAUGAGAUUUUGGAGAAAAUUGGAUUAGUGGCUUACAGGUUAGCUUUACCUGUGGCAUUAUCAAAUAUCCACGACGUGUUUCAUGUGUCUCAACUACGGAAACAUGAGCCAGACCCUACGCAGGUACUUCGAAAUGAAACCAUUGAGAUACGAAAUGAUCUAACGUACCCUGAGGAACCAGUUCGAAUCUUAGAUCAAAGGGAUCAAGUCUUAAGGAACAAGGUUAUUCCCUUAGUGAAGGUACUAUGGGGUAAUCAUGACGAAGAAGAGGCAACUUGGGAACGUGAAGAAGAGAUGAAGAUUUCCUAUCCGCAUUUAUUUAACAUUGUAAAUUAG